AGAAAGUAGAAAGCUCCUUGUCUUUCGAAUAGCACAAAACACUCCAAACAAACGCAUAACAUGUUCUGACAAUAGAAGCUAUCAGUAGUGUUUCUUUUGCUUUACUAAUUAACUUUUUUUAAAAUAAUAUAUAGUUUUUUAAUAUAACUUUGAAUUUUAUCUGGUGUGAAAAUAUGCGCGAAAUAGUGCACAUGCAAGCAGGCCAGUGCGGCAACCAGGUGGGAGCGAAGUUCUGGGAGGUGAUGUCGGACGAGCAUGGCAUCGACCCAACUGGGACGUACCACGGCGACUCCGACCUGCAGUUGGAGCGCAUCAAUGUCUACUACAACGAGGCCACAGGAGGCAAGUACGUGCCGCGGGCCGUGCUGAUAGACCUCGAGCCGGGGACCAUGGACUCGGUCCGCGCCGGGCCGUUCGGCCAGAUCUUCCGGCCGGACAACUUCGUGUUCGGCCAGAGUGGCGCGGGCAACAACUGGGCCAAGGGCCACUACACGGAGGGCGCGGAGCUGGUGGACUCGGUGAUGGACGUGGUCCGCAAGGAGGCGGAGAGCUGCGACUGCCUGCAGGGCUUCCAGCUGACGCACUCCCUGGGUGGCGGCACGGGUUCCGGCAUGGGCACCCUCCUCAUCGCCAAGAUACGCGAGGAGUACCCCGACCGCAUGAUGCUCACGUUCAGCAUCAUACCUUCGCCCAAGGUGUCCGACACGGUGGUGGAGCCCUACAACGCGACCCUAUCAGUGCACCAGCUGGUGGAGAACACGGACGAGACGUUCUGCAUCGACAACGAAGCGCUGUAUGACAUCUGCUUCCGCACGCUGAAACUGACGACGCCCACGUACGGCGACCUGAACCACCUGGUGUCGGCCACCAUGUCGGGUGUGACGACGUGCCUGCGCUUCCCCGGCCAGCUGAACGCCGACCUGCGCAAGUUGGCCGUCAACAUGGUGCCGUUCCCCCGUCUGCACUUCUUCGUGCCCGGCUUCGCCCCGCUCACGUCGCGCGGCAGCCAGCAGUACCGCGCCCUCACGGUGCCCGAGCUGACGCAGCAGAUGUUCGAUGCCAAGAACAUGAUGGCCGCCUGCGACCCGCGCCACGGCCGCUACCUCACAGUCGCCGCCAUCUUCCGUGGCCGCAUGUCCAUGAAGGAGGUUGAUGAGCAGAUGCUGAACGUUCAGCAGAAGAACAGCAGCUACUUCAUCGAGUGGAUCCCGAACAAUGUGAAGACUGCCGUGUGCGACAUCCCUCCGCGGGGGCUCAAGAUGUCAGGCACCUUCGUCGGCAACACCACCGCCAUAAUGGAGGUGUUCAAGCGCAUCGGGGAGCAGUUCAGCGCCAUGUUCAGGCGCAAGGCCUUCCUCCACUGGUACACGGGCGAAGGACUGGACGAGAUGGAGUUCACGGAGGCGGAGAGCAACCUGAACGACCUGGUGGGCGAGUACCAGCAGUACCAGGAGGCCACGGCAGAGGAGGACCUGGGCGAGGAGGAAGAAGAGGUUGAAGCUGUGUGAACACUUCGCGCAUCCUGUUUGUUGCCCAGCACUUGUGUUUUACUGUAAAUGUGGUGUGUUAUGUUUUGUGUUUUGUUUUAGGUUAUGUUUCUCUCAUAUACUCAUUUUAUUGUAAAAAAAAAAUAUUUUACUAAUAAAGGGAAUUCGAAAGUUUUCAUGUUAUCUAUA